CGUCUGCGUUUCCGGUCCGUGUCUUUCUUUUGGAAGGUGACUGGGAUUGUUGUUAGGGAAUAUGUACAGCAAGUGGACUUGUCACCAGCCAACAUGGUUGGUCGCAGUCCCAGCGGGCGUCUGUUGGAGGUGUGCAUCUACUUAGUACUGCGAUGAAACGGCUCAGUGGGAUACUGAUCCCUGGCUUUUCGUGCUUGGGCGACUACAUGUCGCACGCUGGAGACUCAGAUGGCUGCGCUUGGUCGCUUCUCUUUACACUGCAUCCACAUACCAAAUAGAUGCAUACCAAAUAGAUGUUGUUCUAGCUUCCCGAGCCUACAGCAAAAGAGGAAAAAGUGGAAAAGAAACCCUGGCAUACAGAGCUCGACAUCCAUGGGGAGUUGAGUUCGCGUUAAUGCGCGUUCAGGAGGGACAAUGUCACCGGAAAGCGAUAUUGACUCUGAC